AAUUUAAGGGGAAUUUUUUUUUUUUUUAAAAGGUAAACAAUGAAAGACAGGCAAUUCAAAUUAGUAGGAAAAAUUAUACGAAGAAAACGGAAAAUCAGAACUUAGCUACACUACAUAUAACCCCCUAAAUACGAAGUUAGAAUCCAGUCUCAUUCAUACGGUCUCGUCGUUAAGGGUUCUCUUUCUUACCAAAAGAAAAAAAAAACAGCAUUUUUUUUCUUUUGGGUAAAGAAUAUUAUUUUGUUUCUUUUAUUUUUUAUUUUUUUUUGGAGGGGGUUUUCUAUUCAUACCCAACUCAGAUUUUCUAAAGAUUUAUAAUAAAGAUGGAUUACAAGCUGCAAGUCGGAGUUCAAUCCCACCUUGAACAGAUGGGAUCACUAGAAGAUAGGUCAAUGCAAGAUCUCCAUGAUGAAUGCCUCCAUUCCCCUGAAACGGAUGCUCGAAAAAAUCAAAUUACUUAUUCAAAUGAAUUGUUACCAUUUUCUGAUGGUCGUCUGCCUGUUGGCCGUAAAAAUAUGAUAGGACAUGGUGUCUAUAGGAGCAUAAAGACUGUAGUUUUCUCUAAUAAACUCAACUUGCUCAUGCCUUUCGGGCCUCUAGCAAUCCUUGUUCACAAGUUGACUGCUCAUAAUGGGUGGGUUUUCUUUCUAAGCUUACUGGGUAUAACACCUUUGGCAGAGCGUUUGAGUUAUGCUACCGAGCAAUUGGCUUUCUACACUGGACCAACAAUUGGUGGUCUUCUAAAUGCUACAUUUGGGAAUGCAACGGAGCUGAUUAUUUCAAUAUAUGCACUGAAAAGUGGAAUGACCCGUGUGGUUCAACUGUCAUUGUUGGGUUCAAUUUUGUCAAACAUGCUUCUUGUUCUUGGAUGUGCGUUCUUCUGCGGUGGGCUUGUAUAUCAUAGAAAAGAACAAGUUUUUAACAAGGCCACAGCUGUUGUCAAUUCAGGACUGCUGCUAAUGGCAGUCAUGGGUUUACUCUUCCCGGCUGUCCUCCACUACACACACACUGAACGGCAAUAUGGGAAGUCGGAGUUGUCUCUUUCAAGAUUUAGCAGUUGUGUUAUGCUUGUAGCAUAUGCUGCCUAUCUUGUUUUCCAGUUAAAAGGUCAAAACGAUCUAUAUGCCCCUAUCAAUGAGGAGAACUUAGAUGAUGAUGAUGAUGAUGAUGAUGAUGGUGAUGAUGAUGAUGAUGAUGAUGAAGCUCCAGAGAUCUCCAAAUGGGAAUCGGGGAUUUGGCUUGUAAUCUUGACUGCUUGGAUCUCUAUCCUAUCAGACUAUUUGGUGGACACAAUAGAGGGAGCAUCUGAGGCCUGGGAUGUAUCAAUUGCAUUUAUCAGUGUUAUCUUGCUCCCCAUUAUCGGGAAUGCCGCAGAGCACGCAAGUGCUAUUAUGUUUGCCAUGAAAGACAAGCUUGACAUAUCAUUGGGAGUGGCAAUAGGGUCAUCGACUCAAAUUUCUAUGUUUGGGAUUCCUUUUUGUGUGGUUAUUGGGUGGAUGAUGGGACAGGAAAUGGACUUAAACUUCCAGCUUUUCGAGACAGCAACUCUUUUCAUUACUGUUAUAGUUGUAGCCUUCUUUCUGCAGGAGGGAACAUCGAACUACUUCAAAGGAUUAAUGCUCAUACUUGCAUAUCUGAUAGUAGCUGCAAGUUUCUUUGCACACGAAGAUCCUACAUCAGCUAACGAAAACAAGCAACUGUGAAUGAAGCGGUGGAAUGAAAGGGAUGGUUUGGGAAAGAAGUUGAGUCCCACGUUGCUGCUGUAAAUAAUUGUUUUCUAUAACAGAUGCUCCAUUUUUCCAGCUGCUUAUGCUUGUGCAGAUAACAUGAUUGUGGAGACACAAGGGGUCUUUGCUCACUAUACGGUUCUAGUUGUGAACGCCAAAACAACUGCCCAAAAUGGCAAAUUAGGAGAGGCUGUGUAUAACGUAGGAAAAAAGAAAAAAGAAAAAUGUGUUACUCUUAAAUUUUGAUAGUUAAGUAUGUAACACACUAAUUCUUCUGAACAUCGUUCCCUUUGGGAUUGUGUGCAAUGAAAUAUAUCAGUUGGUUUUCAAUUUUUA